AUGGAUAUCGAUAAUACUAAUGAUAUAUCAUCUCCACCUACCCCAAUACACCCAGCUCCAAAUGAAGAAUUAACUAAUGGUGUGCCAACAAAUACUCUACUAGCAGACUCCAAUAUCGAUUUGAAUCCUGACCUCUAUGAAGAAGAGGAGAUGCAGGUGGAAGAUUCAAAGGACAAUAGUAAUGAUAAAGGUUUACCCAAAAACUCGACAAACGAUGCUUUACUUCCACCACAGUCGGAAGGUACAUCCAAUAACGAUGUCAAUGGUGCUAUUACAAAUGCUGACUCUGAUUUAGAAGAUGUUGAAAUCAACCAACUACAUCAAAUUACAUUACCAUUUAUUGAAUCUUAUCAAUUGCUUAAACAGGACUUUCAUAAUACUUUAACCAAUCUAAAUCUGACACAAAUCACGUCGGCCCAGCAAUCAAAAUUAAUCAAUUAUAUCGAUGAAACAUUGUUACAGAUACAAAGAAAAUUCAUUAAACAACAAACCGAACUGGAAAUCAGUUAUUCGUUGAUUCAUUUAUUACAAGAAUUGUCCACGGUAAUUAGUGUUAUUUGGGUAUCAAUACAACAAAAACUGGUCUUAUAUGGGCAAAUUGAAUACUAUAUAAAAAUUCUUGGUGACUUGGAAGAUUAUGUGAAUAAUUACAAGACGCUUUUCAAUGAAUCUUGGUCAAAUAAUAAUAAUUUACAUAUUAAUAUGCAAAAUUUAGUGAUUUUUUUCAAAUUUUGGCAAAAAAUCGAUUUACAAUUGAGUUUUUUAAUUGAUGGGUAUAAUAUUGUUUUGAAUAAUGAUAAUCAGCAAACUAAAUUAAUUAAAAUGAAUGUUACUGAAUUGACUCGUUUAUUACCAAUUGUCACUCGAUUAAGAAUUGCAAUCAUAUCGAAGAUUGAUGCCAUUCGUAUUAGGUUGAAAAGGAAUCAAGAGAGUAAUAGUGACAAUGUUGCUACAUCUAAUAUAUUGACUAUAUUUGAAUUGGAAAUAAGUAGAUUAUUUGAAGGAAUAUUAGAAAGAAGUUGA